AUGGAAAAAAGAAAAGUUUCAAAACGACGUCAAACUGGUACAACAGCAAAAGAUGAUAUAGAGCUUUUUCAAUCACCGCCAAAUUCACCGCUAUUAACACCAAAGUCUUCACACUUAGCUACCUCACUAGAAGCACCUUCUCAACUACAAACACCUUUAUCAUCUCCCCCAACUUCACGUCCUCCCUCUCCAAAUCCUACAGACAUUCCAUGCCUCAUUCCUUUACCAAAUUCACCAUCACCAACUUCGCCAAUAUCACAAUCAACGUCAUCAUCUUCGCCGAUAUCAACAAAAAUAUAUCAUCCAUAUGCAUCUUAUAUUCGUACAUUAGAUCUUACAUAUUUGACUGAACAUGAUCGUAACAAUUCCGCUUUAUCAUCACAUCUUCUUAGACUUCUUCCACUAAUUCACAUGGAAAGUCUACAUACUUUAAACCUAAGCUUCGUAAAAGGAAUCACCAAUAACUACCUUACUAAACUCUUGGCCCCUUUUUUCAAUUGCGUAAAAACUUUAAAUUUGGCCGGGGGAUCUCGUUCAGACAAAUGUUUAUCAAGUAUCAUUCCAUAUUGUCAUCAAGUUCAAAAUUUGUCGUUAGCAUGGAACACUUCACUUUCUGACACAUCAAUCAACAAAAUUGCGACAAUUUGUGGUGGAAGUUUGCGUAAGUUAGAUUUGACAAAUUGUGAAAAAGUUAGUGACAUUUCGUUGAUUUACAUUUCACAGUAUUGUACGAAAUUGAGAGAGUUGAAGGUCAGUUAUUGUCGUGGUGUUAGUGAAGAAGGUAUUAGGGCGGUAAUUGAACGUUGUGAAACCUUAAGAGUUGUAAUGAUGAGUUUGGAUUGGGAAAAUGCCGAGAUUUGA